AUGCAGGAAUACAGAAGAUGUAAUGAUUUACCUGACCUUUUAUUUUGUUUUAGAAUGUUUGGGAUACAGGAAUACACUCACAAUGUGUCACUUAAACUGUCUAAAGUGCUGGACUGGAUUGGUGUAAACGAGAUAACAGUGAUGAAAAGAAGGAAAUCAGUGCUACUGCGUGAUUCACUAACGACGUUAUCUUUAAAGCUUUGCGGCCAUGAUCUUGAUACGUUCAGCUUCGGUAGUCAAAUAGAAGGUACAACAACACCAGGAUUAAACUCUGAUGGUGAUAGUGUUUAUUUUAUGAACAAAAUCAAUGUGAUACAAGACUGGGAUGAAUGGAAACAUGGUAAACAGAAUUUGUUGAUGAUACAAGAUGGGAAUGUUUCACCAGGAUAUUGUUUGUUACAAGAGUUAAGAAAUGAUGUUCCAAGUCCAUGCGUAAUAAAACAUAGAAAUCAUUCAUAUAGAGACAGAAUGGGGAGAAUACUGUUAAAAAAUACAUUAUUUAAUGGACCAUUUGGAGCAAUGGUAAAAAACGGCCCGGCCCAUUCUACACAAAAUGUUCCUGGACUCACUGAUUGUGAUUCUGUUCUUGCUUUUCCUUGUAUGUCAGGACAAUUGCAAGCAGGCCUCAGGUUAUAUCAACAAAGAGAAGGAAAUUGGCCAACAAAUGAUAUGAUACAAUAUUGUAGUAACAUGCGGUGCUUUGUGGUUGGAGUUGGAAAAACAGGAAGUGUAAAUGAACUUCUUGAAUGGAGAAUAUCCACAUCAUUUGCAGAGAGAUUUUUAAUGUUUAGCCUUAAUAUCACACAAGUCAGAUGUUAUGUUUUGAUGAAAAUGAUAUUGAAAACAUUUAUUACUCAAAGGUUUCCAAACAGCAUUUCAAGUUUCAUGUGUAAAACCGUUCUGUUACACUGUAUUUCAUAUACAAGAUCUGAUGCGUUGAAGGAAAAUACCCUCUUUACUUGUCUAUCAUUUUGUUUAUCAACACUUUACAACUUUGUCCAAAAUGAAUACUGUCCUCAAUUCCACAACACACAAAAUAACUUGAUGAGUGGGCGAUUUUCUCCGGAAACGAAGCCGUUAAUACUUGAAACACUUCAUUAUGUAAUCGAAAGUAAUGGAAGGGCAUUGCUCGAAAUUAAAUGUGACUACUUUGAUUCAUAUUUACAAAAAAGUUUAACCGGUCUGGUACCUAGAUAUGCACAUAAUAUGCCAACUAGUAUUGUUGGGCAAUUGCUAACACAUUCAGCCUGUUGUAUAAGCACAAACUUUAAUGUUCUCUUACAUGAAAUAAAUGGUUUAUCACCACGACUUACGAUUCAAAAACUUUUAACAUUUUUGUCACAUCAUCAUAAUGAGAAUUUUACAAACAUAGAUAGAAAAGCGUACAGUUUGAUAACACGACAUUUAUGUAAUACAUUCGGGUCAAUUCUAGCAUCUUUAAACAUUAGCCAACAAGAUCAUUUAGUAUACAAGAAGGCGCUUUCAUUCAUGUCAUUAGGACUCGACUCCGAUGUAGCAUCUGGUAAAUUGAAACUAGCAUCCGUUUUCUAUUGUACCGGGGAUAUUCAGAGGACUGAACUGGUCUUGAAAAAUAUUGAAGAAUGUUAUGAUCUUAGUAUUGUUACAUCAGUAUGUAGGUGUUACAAUUUUGCAAAGGUUUCAGAUAGAGAAAAGUUUAACAGCUUAUGUUAUGAAUCAAACGAUGAAUACCCCCUGUUUAAACAUUUAACAGCAUCAUGUGUCUAUUUUUUACGUUGUGAAAUAAAUUGUUGUCCUUUUGAACUUCAACAUGAAAUGUUUAGAUCAACACAGGAAUACAUUGCUAAUAGAGGAAAAGAUUAUAAAUGGAUGGACAUGGCUGUUAUAGAUUCUCUUCCGUACCUCUAUUUCUUGCAAUACAAGACAUAUUCCUGUCUAGGAAGACAAGAUGAUAAACAAAGAGCUCUCGAAAAGCUUAACAGAACUAUUAUUGUCGAACAAAAUCUCGGACACAGGGAAACAGCGCUUAACCUUCUCGGACAGUGUAUGGAACAAGAAUACCGCAAGGACGAUGCUUUGAAAUGCUUUCUGAUGUCCUUAAUAAUACGAAGAAGACAUAAUGCUGCAAAGUUUCAUAUAUUUAGACUGUUAGCGUCUUUUUAUAUUCAGAAUUUUAAGAUACAUGUUUGA